AUGGCCUGCAACGACUCCGGUUACCAGGCCAUCACCUUCGACGCCAAGUCGCACUUCCCCGUCGUAACGGAGGACUGCACAGGUUGCAACCUCUGUCUCUCCGUCUGCCCCAUUCCAGACUGCAUUACAAUGGUGGACCGGCAAAUUCCCUACGUUCCGAAUCGUGGUCUGGUCCCGUCCUCCCCAACUUCUACGCAAGGUCAUUUGGAUUCACUGAGCAAAUGA